UUUCUUCUUGGUCGAAAACGGUUUCAUUUCAGGCCUAUUUGCCUGAAACGGUAGCCUCCCUGCUCAGCUUUAAUUGCUUCCGCCAUACUUGAGGCUACAGUUGUUAAAAUAAACUCCCGGUUCCACUCGAGUGCUAAACAGCAAUUCAACCAUCGGUUCGCGACACCAUUCAGGUGAAUUUUCAAUCCAUUUGAUUGUGAGUUAUAACGAAGAAAAGUGAAAAGUGUUCAACACCCUCCGUCUGAGUUGAAAAAAGGAAAAAUCUGCAAACGAGGAAAAGCUCAAUUUGCUGUCUAUUCAUCCGGUCGGUCUAGCUUAAAAACGAUGGCCCAACAACUGGAAAAAUUUGCUGGAGUGAAAAAAUAAAGAAUAAGAUUAGAAAGCUCUGUCCUGGUUGAUUGCCUGAUUCAUCUUCAAUAAGGCUGGCCUGUUGAAAAAAGGAAAAUAGAUAUAUCUAGCCAUCAUGUCGUCACUGGAACAGGAUUGCAAUGCUCCAGUCGACCCAAGAGUACAGAUUGAGCUCGAAAAGUUAAACGAAGCCACCGAUUACAUCAACAAAUAUGAAGUGGAACUGGACGAAGCUCGCAACGAGUUCCGCGAACUGCUCAAGGAGAGUAUGGAGAAAAUUAAAUUGGUCGCUAAAAAGCUGGGUAACUCAAUCGAAACCGCUAAGCCAUAUUACGAGGCUCGUUUGUAUGCAUCGCAGCUCGCUAAGGAAACGCAGCAGUCAGCGUUGAACUACGACAAAGCGAAAUCGGUGCACGCGGCUGCCAAGGAGAUGGUUUUCCUAGCAGAGCAGGGUCUCGGGGAGAAGUCGACUCUCGAUACGGCCUGUCAGGAAAUGCUGACGCACGCCACCACACGCGUCAACGAGUCGCAGAAUGAGUGCACCGAGAUGCGUAACCUGCUGCGCAUCAGUGAGCUGAAACUGGACGUUGCAAAUAAUCGUGUUUCCAAGCUGCAUUCGCAGCUAAAGGGAGCGAUUCGGGCCUCAAGUUUGGAUGUUCGCAGAAACCUGCUACUGAUGAAUUUGCUUGUUUAUCAGAAUGAGUUAUUGUUUUUGCCAUACUACGAGUUGCGAGCAAAUUACAAUGCUCUUCUGCUGGAGCAUAAACAAAAGGUGAUGGAUCUUGAAGCGAAGGUGUCCGAGGCUAAGAUGACAUAUAACGAGGCACUGACAAGUUUGGAAAAAAUUUCCGAGGAGAUCCACCAGCAGCGGAAAGCAAGAACCAAUAGCAUCGAUGAGGAUGCAUCAUCUUCUUCGUCGUCGACGAAUCAUCCUCGAAAUCCGACUGUGCAGAAGUCGGGUAUCGGAAUGCAUCUGCCAUUUUGUAACUCGCCGUCCGCAGCCAGAAUAGAAUGCAGCGAUGAAUAUCUGGAGUUUCCAGCUAAACUAGGACUUAAAUCCAGCCCCAUAAAGCAAAGGUAUCUGGAUAAACUGGAUUGUCCACAUCUUCUGAAGGAUUUCGCUCGAAAAACCAGUCCUAGUGGAGAAAGCGACUCCGAUAAUAAUUAUUUAUUCUCGCCAAAUCGAACCAUCGAUGAUAUCACUAACAUGUCUUCAGAGGACAUUGAACAGUGGACGGAAAUCCGGCUGUCCCAUUCGAACAGUACCAGUUCGGAAUACUCACAGCACAAUUCAGCAUUAGAUGAGGAUCCCGGUAGUUUACCGCAAGAAGUAGUGUCUGACUCGACCGAAACUGAUUCCGAUGAUACUAAUUCCGGACCGAGGGUAAAAGCACGAAUAAUCAAAAUGGAGAUUUAUGAUGAUAGCACUAAUCAGAACACAACCAAUAAACGAAGUGAAGGUAUUGCAGGAUGGAUCACGGGUCGUACAAUUGGGCGAUCAGCUUCGAUUUCUAUUGCGGGUUGCUCACCGGUACCGAGAGAUUUAAAUGAGGUAACCGAGCCCAGCAGUUCCAGUGGACGACGUCAAAGUCUGGACAUUAUAAUUGAUACUGGUGAUCGAAUGAAGGAUGCCUUCACUCAGGGCAUUCAACGAAUUGGACGCACUUUGGAACGACGCAACAGCGAGUCGGAGAUUGCACGGGAUGGCGAUAACUUGGGCGGCGGUGGCAACGGUAGCAGUGGUACCGGCGGUGGUGUUGGGAGUAAUGGCACGGGGAGUAACUCUGGAACGGGGAGUGAUUUUUUUCUCUUCCAACGCUCGUCGGAUACUGCGCGGGAUGGCCUCUCGGAUGAGCAGGUUGAGAACCUACUUCUAGGUCAGGACUGUUCGGAUCUGUUUCAAAAUGUGGUAAACAUAUCCAAGUAAUUACGCGGUGCGAUGUGUUUUCUGUGAUUUGAGCGAGAACGGGGCCAUCUGGCGACGUCUGGCGGGCGUGCGGCGUAUUGAAUCAGCUAGAAAUUAUACACUUAUUAAGCAAUUAUUCACUGUAGCGAAGUAGUCUUUUAACUAUUAGUGAGCUAAGGUCAUUCGAACUGUCGUGAAAUAAAGAAAAAAAAUAUUUAGGAUAAUAAACAAAGCAAAAAUACCAUAUUGUUGCUUGGAUAGAGUAACAGAUGGAGUGACAAUUUAGUGGCAAGUUUUCGGUUUUCGUUCAAUUUAUCGGUACCGUUAAUGGCGCCAUCCAUAGGCGAGUAAUUCGAAACCUAAAUAUGUAGAUGACGGAACGUGAGAACAAACCAUAUCAAAAAAAUUAAAUGAUAUGAUAGAGCCCCUAAUAAAAAAAUCGCUUCUUUGAGUCAAACCAAUGCAAAAUAUGACUUCUAAGAAGUUGGAACUAAGAGGAACAAUUUCAAAGCCUACUAUAUAUCAAUAACAAGAGUAAUUGGAAAGCAAUCCUUAACUAAACGUUUGUACACAUUUCCGCAGAAAAGUUGUCACUCAAAUCUGGAUAUUCUUUCUGUGAAUUGUUGUUAUAUUGAACUUAUGUGUAAACUUAAAAACUGAGACUAUUCCGGCAAAAAAGCAUUUGCAGAGGAUCAAUCGUGAAUAAUAAAUGUUAUAAUGACGAAAAACCAUUGCAGAAACCAACAAACCAACAAUAAAGCUUAUAUGAUUCCAGCACAGA